UGCAGAGGAAAUUGAAACCCUUCGUAAACGUUUGGCUGAACUUGAGACGCGACAGAAGUCACAAGAAGAUUCACCCCGACAUGUCACGACGUCGCGAAAUGUUAUUGUCGAGGCGGAUUCUCCUUUAGCCCCCGAACUUACUGCGGAGGCACUCCCUGUGAAAGUGAAAAUCCCGCAAAUCGGCAUGUAUGAUGGGACAUCAGAUCCAGAUGCACAUUUAGGCCAUUAUAUGUCUUGGAUGGAUUUACAUGGGGCUUCAGAUGCUCUGAGGUGUCGGAUGUUUUUACUUACACUGGGGCCACGAGCCCAAAAAUGGUAUUAUACUCUCCCACCUCAUUCGAUUUGGAAAUGGCAACAGUUACGUGCAGCUUUCCGAUCACAAUUUAUCGGUGCUCAAAUUUGUCUCAUUCCAAAAGAAUCGAUUACCAACAUUGUGCAAAAGGACGACGAGACUGUUAAAGACUACGUGGCUCGGUUCAACGACCGAAUUCAGAACAUGGAGCCCUGUCAUCCUGAAACUUUGUUAGUAACUGCUAUUGCUGGACUGAAGCCCAACUCAAUGUUUCGCUGGACCCUGUGUCAAAAUAAGCCUGCUACAUUUCAAGAGUUUCUUGUGCGAGCUCAACAGUUCAUUAUUGCUGAAGAAUCCAUGUCGGUUCCUAGUUUCAACUUCUCGGUGAAGGAGAGCAAGGCUGAACCGGAUGCUAAAAAGAAGAACAAGAAGAACUUUGGGAAAGCACAGUUUCGGAACUCCUCUAAAGGAUAUGAAAAUACUCCAGAGUCUCGGGCUGCUCGUGAUCAGUAUUCAGACAAUGUCAGGACAGGUUAUCAUGCCGUUUAUUCCGCCGGAGCAGCCACCAUAUAUGAAGAACUGAAAGGAAAGGGAAUUAUCCCAGACCCGAGGCCUGUGAGAACUCCUGAAGACAAGUUGGACAAAACUCGGUACUGUGCGUACCAUAAGUCUCCAGGACACAAUACCGAUGAGUGUCUCGGACGAACCGCACUUUAUAAACUUCGUGCUGAUGUGUCAAUUUUUCAUUAUGCCCUGAAGUUCCCCACCAUUGAAGGAGAAGGCACUCAUUACGGAGAUCAACGAGAAGCCCGAAGUCUGAUGUUGCUCUCAACCUCGCGUAGCUUUCAUAUGAUUGAAGAACAGGAUGCUAAUAACUCCGUUGAGCCGAGUGAUUCAAUUUUUGAUGCUGAAAGAAUUGAUCAAUUUAUUCCAAGUACUGACGUGUCUCAAGAAGAUACCGACAUGCCGCUUACUGAUACCGACAUCCCUAUGACGUCGGUUUUGCCUGAAACAUUAACUGAAGUCCUCAAUCAAGAAUCACCUUUUCAUGAGAAAGAUGCAGAAAUGCAUGAAGAUAUGGAUCCACGGAUGCAGUUCAAGGAUGGAGGCCAUCAUGUCCGAGCGGAACCAGUUGAAGAUAUCAAAACCAUUUACGUGGACGGAUCGGCUCAGCAGAAAUCGCUGCGCAUUGGGGCCAACCUGCAAGAACCCAUUCGAUCAAAUCUGAUUCAGUUUCUCCAGUCGAACUCCGAUGUGUUCGCCUGGAAGCAUGAAGAUAUGAAAGGGAUUGACCCACAAAAAGCAUGCCAUCGUCUAAAUUUGGACAAAACUGUCAAACCCGUUAUUCAGAAACGCCGAAAAUUCGGCCCAGACCGUCAGAAGGCCCUUGAAGAGGAAGUAAACAAGCUCAUAGACAAUAAAUUUGUCAAAGAAGCCAAGUACCCGACGUGGAUAUCAAAUCCUGUUUUGGUCAAGAAAGCCACCGGCCUUUGGCGUCUGUGUAUAGAUUUUUCAGACUUGAAUCAAGCAUGCUCGAAAGAUAGCUAUCCCAUUCCACACAUUGAUUACAUGGUAGAUGCUACGUCCGGAAACCAACUUAUGAGUUUUCUGGAUGCCUAUUCAGGCUAUAAUCAAAUUCUUAUGCAUCCUGAUGAUGCUGAACAUACCUCGUUCUAUUCAGCCCGAGGCCUUUAUUGCUAUGUCAUGAUGACUUUUGGAUUAAAGAAUGCAGGGGCCAUGUAUCAGAGGUUAGUCAAUAAGAUGUUUGCUCGCUUGAUCGGCCAUACGAUGGAAGUUUAUGUAGACGACAUGUUAGUGAAGUUGGAACAGGCUUCUGACCACAUCACCUAUCUCUCCGAAGUCUUCAAUAUACUCCGAGAAUAUUCCAUGGUGCUUAACCCCAAGAAGUGUACUUUCGGAGUUGGGUCAGGGAAGUUUUUAGGAUACAUGGUGAGUCAGAGAGGGAUCGAAGCCAAUCCCGCUAAGAUUCAAGCCAUACUUGACCUAGCUCCCCCAACAUCUAUCAAAGGUGUCCAAGCUUUAACUGGUCGACUGGCAGCCCUUAAUCGGUUCAUUUCAAAGUCUACGGAUCAUUGCAAGCCGUUCUUUGAUGCUAUCAAAAAGACGAAACCGUUUGAAUGGACCAUGGAAUGCCAGAAUGCUUUUGACAACAUUAAAGAAGUUCUUUCACGGUUACCGACGUUGCAGAAACCACUUCCUGAUGAGCCUCUCUAUUUGUACCUUGGUGUAAGUGACAUUGCUGUUAGUGCUGUUCUCAUACGGCAAGAUGGGCUUCAACAGUUUCCGGUGUAUUAUGUUAGCAAGGCUUUACAUGACGCUGAAUUGCGAUAUCCGCAUAUGGAGAAGUUGGCCUAUGCUCUGAUCAUCGCUGCACGGAAGUUGCGCCCAUAUUUUUUGGAGCAUUUAAUCGUUGUGUUUACGACAUAUCCUCUCCGACAAGUCCUUCACCGACCUGACACGUCGGGGAGAAUGAUUAAAUGGGCGAUAGAGUUGGGACAGUUUGAUAUCCAGUACCGACCACGAACCGCUAUCAAAGCUCAAGCGCUGUCUGAUUUCAUU